UGCAGAUUUACGCAGAGCUCCGGCUUUUAGGGGAAGGGCUUGUUUAACAGACGCUAACCGAUCUGGGAUCGCCGGGAGAUCUCCUGUCAAAUUCAACAUGUAUGUGCAAUUAAAAUGUGUGGCUUUGUGAUUUUUACUUAAUCUCCUGACCAGGGGGCCUACCCGAGGCUGGGCUUCGGCAUGAUCAGAAGCGAUGAUUCCCAGUCAUACGAGGAGCUCAACGGUGAUGGAUCGGACAAGCAGCCCGAUUUCCACCAAAGCAUCUUUGAUGACCCUGACGUCGAGGAACCCAAUGGCAGAAGCGUGGCACCGGACGAGGACCUCCCGGAGAGUGGCCCGUCCCUGCGGUUCAGCAAGGCGUGCCUGAAGAGCGUGUUCACGGUGUUCCUGAUCUUCGUCUACCUGCUGCUGACCACGGUGGCUGUGUUCCUGGCCUACCAGACCAUCACCGACUUCCUGGAGAAGCUCAACCACCCCGUCAUGUCCGUCAUCUACAAGGAGGUGGACUUCUUCCCCCCCCCUGGCAUCGCUCUGUACCCGGGUAAAGCCCAGCUGCUGAGCUGCAAACACUACAACCACAACUACAUCCCCCCGCUAGUGGCUCCCGGAACCCCGGAGGUGGGGGACUGCACCAUGGAGCAGGUGUCCUACGUGGGCCCCUUCACCAACCAAACCCAGAAGCAAGCGCUGGUGGUGCAGGGGCCGUCGGACGUUCGGAACAAAGAGGUGAUCUUCAUGCAGUUCAGCCUGACGGACGCCGACGAGGACUUCAGCGCCAUCACCUACAUGCUGUUCGCCAAGUUCGGGGACCUGGCUCUGAGCCCGGAUAAGCCGGCCUUCAUGAUGGACUGUGAGAAGAACUACUCCAUGUGGACCUUCUCGGGGGGGUUCCGUACCUGGGUGAAGAUGUCGCUGGUGAUGACCUCGGGGAAGAAGGACGACGCGGUGGAGUUCCGCCAGGAGUCGGGGGUGGUAAAGUACAACGACCGGCGCACCAACAUCACCGACGAGCUCUUCUUCGUGGUGUUCGAGUGGCGGGACCCCUUCAUUCAGGAGAUCAAACUGAUCGUGACGGCCAACCCAUGGAACUCGGUGGCCAUCUUGUGCGGCGUGUUCAUGGCGCUGUUCAAGGCGGCUAACUUUGCCAAGCUGAGCGUCUCUUGGAUGAUCCGCAUGAGGAAGAGGCACCGGAGGAACCGGGCCCGGGAGCUCAACAGUGUGACCUGAGGGUCGCCCGCAACACUAGAGAAAGAAUGCUCCUGAUUCUGAUGUUCACUUUGACAUGCUGCAUCCAAACCGUAUCCCAUGUCGGGGGGCGCUAAAGGCUUUAGCCUUUAUCCCUUAGCAUUAGCAUUAGCCUUUACCUAAAGGCUAAAGGUAUUAGCAUUUAGCGUUGAUGCUUUCACAAAUUGAUCUGGGUUUUUGGACAUACGUUGCAGGACCAAGUUUUGCUGCUGAACAGGGAGGUUGUUGACGUAGAAGUAAUCGAUACAGAACUAAUUGAUCAGGACCUUAUUGAUAGGUAACAUGUUAACAUGCGUUAAGUUCCUUAAGGGAUAUAUGG